CCCAGGGGCAUCCUGGGAAAUGAAGUUCAACUUUUUCUACGCCUUAGGAAAAAAGAUACGGAGCCAGAGGCUGAGAGGAUGCUGGGAGUGUUUGACUGAUGCGCGAUGGGAAAGAUGCCUUGUUGGAGGAACUGGAAUACUCCACCCUCCAGGAGAGUGAUGAACACUCCAACACAGCUUCUCCUCCCCUGGAUCAGCAUUCCAGAAAGGAGAGUAACCAUGAUGAGACCUCAAGUGCCCCUUCCAUUCCGGAUGACUCAAGUCCCUUUCCGGUGCAGCUCGUGUGUACUACCAAAAUCCAGGAGCCCCAUGUCCACAGUGAGGUCCAGGAGCCAAAGGAAUCACCACCACCUCCUAAAACCUCAGCAGCUGUGCAGUUGGAGGAGCUGAUGGCCCACCUGUGUGAAAUGCAGACCCAGGUUACAGUGAAAGCAGAUACAAGCAAGAAACACUUACCAGACAAGCAGGAUCACAAGGCCUCCCUGGACUCAAUGCUGGGGGGCUUGGAGCAGGAACUGCAGGACCUUGGAAUUGCGACAGUGCCCAAGGGCCAUUGUGUUUCCUGCUGGAAACCGAUUGCUGGAAAGGUGAUCCAUGCUCUAGGGCAAGCAUGGCAUCCGGAGCACUUCGUCUGCGCUCACUGCAAAAAGGAGAUUGGCUCCAGUCCCUUCUUUGAGCGGAGUGGCUUGGCCUACUGCCCCAAGGACUACCACCACCUUUUUUCUCCACGCUGUGCUUACUGUGCUGCUCCCAUCCUGGAUAAAGUGCUGACGGCCAUGAACCAAACCUGGCACCCAGAGCACUUCUUCUGCGCUCACUGUGGAGAGGUGUUUGGUGAAGAAGGCUUUCAUGAGAAGGACAAGAAGCCGUAUUGCCAGAAGGAUUUCUUAGCCAUGUUCUCACCCAAGUGUGGUGGCUGCAACCGCCCAGUGCUGGAAAACUACCUUUCAGCCAUGGACACUGUCUGGCACCCAGAGUGCUUUGUCUGUGGGGACUGCUUUAGCAGUUUUUCUACUGGCUCCUUCUUUGAACUGGAUGGACGUCCCUUCUGUGAACUCCACUACCAUCACCGCCGAGGAACCCUUUGCCACGGGUGUGGGCAGCCCAUCGCUGGUCGCUGCAUCAGUGCCAUGGGCUACAAGUUCCAUCCUGAGCACUUUGUAUGUGCUUUCUGCCUGACGCAGCUGUCGAAGGGAAUCUUCAGAGAGCAGAAUGACAAGACCUACUGUCAACCCUGCUUCAAUAAGCUCUUCCCCCUGUAAUCUCAGCUAUACCUACACCCUCUUCUGAUUUGCUAUAAAAUUUAAACCAAGUGAGGAAAGAGUACAUUUGUACUUACUGACCUUCUGCUCAAUAGGCUUACAGAGAAAACAAAGGUGAUGGACAAAUAAGGGAACGUCUAGAUGUUACACGACUAGGCUUGUGGUAUUAAGUUUUGAUUUAAAGUCUUACUUUUUUUUUAUCAGGUACUUGAAUUUAGAUCUGGGACCUGCUGUCUAGUGCCUCUGCAGAUGUAUUUUCCACAUGCACACAUUCAUUCCACACUGGUUUACUCACAUUUCUGCAUUUUCACCCCUAUGAUGACUCCACUCAGAUAUUCUCUUUUCUGGCCCUCGUAACUGGGUCUUUUAAGCUACCCGCAUUUCCCUGUGACUCACUUUCUCACAGUCACUGCUGCAGACUUUAUUCUUGCUGUUGGGAAUCAUGAUAUCACUCUUAAGCUCCUUGCAUUUCCUUUCAGUGUAUUUCUUUUUCAAGAGAAAAUAGAUUUUUAACUGGACAACUUUGAAUACUGACAUCAUUGAUAAAUAAAGUAGCUUGUGGUUUUAAUGACUCAAUGUCAUAUUACUUUGGUAAAUAAACUUUCUGCUUCCCAUGUUAUAUACUAGGCACAAUGUGCAAUUAAAUUUGUAUCAUACCUCUUGUUUACUUCCAUACAAUGGACACUUCGUUUAAAUCAAAAGAAAUUAAAAGGGGGGACUCCUAGUCACUAACUUUUCUCUUAAUUUGGGCUCAUAACAUUCACUUUAUUUUAUUCUUUGCACUUUGGUGAUUGAUUAAAAGAUGGCAAAGCUUCUUAAAAGUUUUUCAUCACUUUGUUUACCUAUGGAAAAAGUGAUUUCCACUAGGCAAUUCCAAAUUCAUAUUUGCAUAUGUAUGCAUAUCUCCAAACUCAUAAAUUUGUAUCUAUUUGUCCAAUUUUCUUGUAUAUCAAUUAUAUCUCAAUAAAGCUGUUUGAAAAAAUGAAA